ACGAAUUAACGAUUAACAAUCAUCAUGAUUCAAUCAACAAGUGGUCAACAUUGAAUAUAUUUGAUUAUAAUGCAAGAAUCCAUGAUAUCGUCAUAAACAAUGUUCACCCAAAAAAAGAGCGCGCAUUGAUUUGCGCACUUUGUCACUCGUGCUCGUACAUCUAAAUCAAGCGGUCAAUAUUGAAAGUGAAACAUAAAAUUUAUUCGUAUUUUUUUCAUACAAUAAUCAUUUCAAAAACAACGGUGAUGGAUUCGAGUAUUCCUACGUUUAGUUCGAAAAAACCAUCCGGUUCCCGGAUACCAAAUAUAUCGUCAAUACCAAGACCAUCAAUGAUUCCAACGACGGCAAAAAAACCAUCGAAUUCAAAUAUCAUGUUUAGCGGUAUUAAACGGCCAAGACCAAACGAUCCAUCUGUUUCACAUAUUCCAACAUCUGUGUCUAAAUUUAAACGUUCAACACCAUUAUCAUUGAUGAAAGCAAAAAUUAAUCGUCAUAAUAUGAUGGAUGAUUCGAAUCCUCCUGAUCUUAAAUUAGAUUUUCGUUCUCCAAUGCCAAUGAGUCGCAGUGUAUCGGCUAUGUCUAUUAGUUCAAAAUUAUCAAAUGUUCAAAAAUCAGAUGUAAACAAUUCGAAAAUUUCAAGUAAUAGUUCACUGUUUGAAGAAUCGACCUUAAUUCCACGAACAGUAGAAUCAAAAGCUACAAGUCCAAUUGUUGAUUGGAAAACAAUCACCAAAGAUACUGAAGUAAUCUCAUACAAAGUUCGUAUCAAUGUUUUGCAGAAAGAAGUCAACGAAUUACAACGUACAAAUUCAGAAUUAAGAAUCGAUAAUGAAGUCAAUGCAACUAGAUAUCAAAAUGAAAUUGAAGAAUACAAAAAACAAACAAAAGAAUUACAGAACGAAAUUCAAACAUUAAAAAAGAAUGAAGAAAAAUUAAAAUAUGAAUUUGAUGAAUUUCAAAAACUUCAUCUUGAACAAUCUAAAUUAAUGGAUAAACAGAAUGUCGAACAUGAAAAAGAAAUUUCCAAAUUAAAAGAAGAAUUGUUUCAAGCUAAAUCUGAUGGCGAAAAACAACGAUCUCAACUAUCGAUGGAUACAUUCAAUUUUGAACAUCGAAUCAGUCUUCUUCAAUCCGAAAACGAUCAACUCAGACAGGAAAAUGAACUACAUCGUUCAAAUUUAUUGGAUUUUGAUCUAAAAAACAAAGAAAUUGAAAAUUUAAAAUUGAAAUUGAACCAAGCUAAUUCAACUAUCGAACAAUUGAAAACUGAAUUGAAAUCAUUUGAAGAGAGUAAAAAAUUGGAACCAAUUUUGCAAGAUGUAUUAAGUCAAUUACGCACUAUGAAAGAUGAAAAUGUUAAUCUUAAAAAUAAAAAUGAUCUUUUGUCAAGUGUGCAUGAAAAGAAUGUAAUGUUGAAUGAAAAAUUAUUAGGAUAUGAAACAAAGAUUGAUAUACUUCAACAACAAUUAAAUAAAAAAAAUAUCGAUAUACAUGCUUUGGAAUCGAGUAAAGAAAAAUUAUUAAAAUGGACACAGAUUGUUGGAAUUGAUUCGCCCGAAAUUGUUGCCGAAAAAAUCAAAAUGUUCAAUGAACAAAUAUCAUUAUUGAAUGUUGAAAAUGAUCUGCUCAAAUCUAAAAUUAAAACAUUUGAGGAAAAAAUAUCAAAUGAAAAUUUUCUUCUAAAAUCUAAUGAAUUGAAUUUGAAGAAUGCUGAAACUAAAAUUACCAAACUUAACGAACUUUUAGAACGUACCAACAAAAAAUGUUUGUUCCUUUCGAAAGAAGUAGAUUAUUAUAAGAAAAUGGCUUCACAGGAUUCUGUUAACAAAAAUUCUGAUGUUAAUAAUAGCCAAAAAAUUACUGAAUUAGAAUCGAUUAUUGAACAAUAUAAAACUACAGCCAAUAAAUUCGAAACAGAAUUGAAUGAAGCACGUAAAGAAUUGGAAACAAAACGAUUGUUGGAUAAAGAAAAUGAAGAAUUGAAAAAUGAAAUCCAAAGAAUCAAAGAAUUGAAUCCACAUAUUUGUACAAAUGUAUCAAUGUUAGAUUGUUCAACUUUGCAAACAAACGAGAAACAAUUCCGUAUAAUACAUUUGAAAGAUAAUCCAGUUUCAUGGGAAAUCAAAAAACGUAACGAAGAAUUUGAAAAAUUAAAAGAAGAAAAUGAACGUUUAAAAUGUUUGGUAGAAAUAUUAGAACGAGGCGAAACAAAUAAUGCCGAUAUUACUCGACAGAUUGAUGAAGGAUUACAAUAUCGUUUUAAAAUGAAAAAAAUGGAAGAACUUAUAUCCCGUUAUGAACAACAAUCAAUUAUAUUUAAAGACAAAUUUAGAAAACAUUUAGAUGAUUUUCGUAGAUGUUGUAUGGAAGUAACUGGCUUUCAGAUUGAUUUUCUUCGUAAUAAAUAUCGUUUACGAAGUAAAUUGGCAUUCAAAAAUGAAUUCUAUGUUGAAUUUGAUGGUAAAAAUAUUCGAUUAAUAGAAAAUGAAGUGACCAAACGUUUCAACGAUAAAAUUGAUUUAUAUAUCAAUGAACAUAAAAGUUUUCCUGCAUUUUUUGCUAGUUAUACAUUGGAAUUAUUUAAAGAGCGAACAAUGAUUUAAUUAUUCUCAUUAUAUUUUUCAAUUAUUGUUUUAAAUGAUUUAUUGAUGAUAAAAUGACAAUUUU